AUGAAAAGUGUAUCUGCUUAAAGACAGGAUGGCUUGUGCCAAGGUGCUUAAUGGUGUUGGGUCCAAUUAUUUUGGGCGUGCCCGUCAUGGUCUGCCUUUGUGGGCUUGCCAAACAUGCGCCCAACCAAAGCAUGUUGCUUAGCAACUAAAAGUGCUGACAAUGACUAAUGCAAAAUUCCAAAGAUGAUAACAAUAUAUACUGCAUCAGUUUUGCCACUGUAACUUCUACGUAGAAGACGGAUCUAUUCUAAUAAAGUAAUAGUUCCAGUGUACCAAAACUCUUGUUACCUUGUUAACCCAGAAUCAAGUCAUCAACGAUACAAGCCUGUUGGAACUUCCAAAGAGUAGUCUUCCGUAGUCUGAUCAGGUUGACUGCAAUAUUUGUCUAUUUCUGCCCACUGGAUAUGAAGGUGCCAAAGGAAUAAACCGAAAAUUCCAACAGCAUUCCUUGGAUACGUCAAUAUGCCAAUACUUUGCCUUUAACGUGGAUAUUUCCAAAUUCAUUCGAACAGACACAGUAAAAACUUCUUAGCUUGUUGCUGUCGACUCAAUUAUGUCUUAGACACACAAUCCUAUGUAUGUCUUAGACACGCUGUCCUAUAAAUGUAGCAGUGCCAACAACCAGAGGAGUUGAUCCAGCCAAGACACCCAAGUAAGCACUAGUUCCUAAGUCCUGUAUGAACACACCAAUCCUUCCUCAAGAAGGCAGAAACGAUGGACAGGCCAUGCGCACACAAGCAGGUCACUGCGGAUGACCUGACGCAACUUGGCCCGGCCUUGUAUGAGUGCAUGGAGCAUGUGAUCGAAGGAUCUGUUGAGAAGACUGACCGCAGCUUUAUGAAGAUCAGCAAGCUUGCCUCCGUAGUGGACGGGCCACUGCAGCGUCUGUCCAGGAUAAUCGCCCACAGCUUAGCCCGCCGCCUUAUAUGCCCCGUCCAGGGCUUUGCUGCUGCCCUCAUCGAUCCAUCGCACUACCUCGAGCAGUCCUGCCUCCGGGCUGCCCGCGAGAACUUCGCCGACAUCAGCCCCUACCUCAGCACUGGCUUUGUCACUAUUAACCGGGCUAUGCUGGAGCAAGUCCAGGAUCGAAAGGUUGUCCGCAUCGUUGACUUGUCCUGCUCAACCACCCACCAGUGGCAGUGGAUCAAGAUUCUUCAGGAUUUCCAUAGCCGCCCUGGGGGCCCGCCCGAACUACGCCUAACUGUUGUCCAUGAAGACAGUGAGUUCCUGGACAACAUGCAGGCGUGCCUGUGCAAGCAAGCUGCUAACCUCAAGCUAUGUUUUUAUUUCGACAAGGUGAUUGGCAAACUCGAGACAUUGGACUUCAGCAAUCUCCGCGAGAUCCUUAAGAUAAACUUCGGUGAGGCGGUUGUGAUCAGCUGUGCUCUACAGAUGCAUCGCCUCCUCGCGGUUGAUGACAGCAUAAGCCGUGACUUCACUGCUCAGCUCCAGCAAAUGGCAAACAUGGCUCGGCUUAAGCAAAUGGCCUGCUCAGCGUGCAGUCCAGCAUCGACACUGAACUAUCCGCAGACACCAUCCCCUCAACGCCAGAUACCAAGCCUGCUGGUGAGCUUCCUCUACGCCAUCCGUGCCCUUGACCCGAAGAUCAUUGUGAUGAUGGAGCAAGACGCGGACCACAACUCCCCGCUGUUCCACGAUCGGUUCACCAAGACAGUCGACUACUACGCCGCCCUCUUCGACAGCCUCAAUGCGGUGGAUGCAGCCAGCCCGCAGAGGGCUCGCGUGGAGAGGGUGCUCCUUGGGGAGGAGAUCAAGAAUAUACUGGUGUGUGACGGGGUCCACCGGCAUGAGCGGCAUGAGAGGCUGAGCCAGUGGGAAAUGCACAUGCAGCGUUGCGAGGUUGACCAUGUGCCGCUCAGCUUUGAAGCCAUCAGGGAGGGCAAGGAGAGGCUGAUGAGCUACGGAUUGAAACAAUGCAGGAGCAAAGAAGACAAGGCCGGCCUUCUGCUGUGCUGGGGUACAACUCGUCUGUACUCCAUUUCAGCCUGGAGACCACACAGCUCGAAUGCGGCCCCAAAUAAUGUGGCUGGCUAGCGCAGUACGUCUCCCAGUUCGUGGUGAUUUCUGGGGCUGCGAAUAAGACGCUGUUGCUUAAGAUAUGCUUGAAUGGCAACUCAAAUUGAUUGGUGCGAUGCCAAGCUUAGGUAUGUAGAGAUGAAAGUGAUGUGCUAUUUUCUGGAGAAUGUUACCGAACUGAUCUCGUCGUACUUUUCACCCUGCCUUCAUCAAAGUUGGGUUUCCCGAUUAGGAUAUGGUUUAGGGUGUAUUUUUUUCUAUGUUAUUGAUCAUCUUCAGUUGACCGGCUGAAAUAGAGCAGAGUUGAUUUUGGAGUUGCAAAGAAGCAUAGUAAGAUGGCGUACAUUCUUGUGAUUGCCUGCUUCGAUGUGCCAUAUGUUUUCCUUGAAUUAGGAAUAUACCCAGUG